CUCUAUCAUUUAAACUUAUAAUUCAUCUUUCACCGUCAACAUCCACUGUAUAAUCAGGAAACGGGUGGGUUAAGUCGUCUUCUUCUUCAUCUUUUUUAGUCCCACCCUCCCUGAAACAGCCUACCCCUUUUCCUCAAGAGAGACAAAGAAAGAAAAAGGGAAUGCAAGAUAAUUUUAAUUCCAUUCAUUGCUUACUGCAUUAAAAAAUGGGAGGGUGACAUGCUUGCAUUUAAUUGUUGAUGUCUUCAAAUAUUUUGCAUCCACAAUCGGAAUUCAGUUGAGUGAUCCCGUGAAGCUAUAUUUUUAAAAACAUUCUGGUUGUCUGAAAAACUUUUCAUCUGUACCUUGCUUUGAGAUAGUUGAUUUGGUUCGCUGUAUAUGUCCAUUAGAUAGCAUGCUGAAGUUGUAAAUCUGAUUGACUUAUGCUCAGUGCAAUGAUUUGAUGUUGUGCAUAUGUUAAUAAUGGGUUUGAGAUUUAAGCAGGUGUUUUUACUGUUUCUCUUUGUUACAUUGUUGAAUAAUAAUGUCAACGCCGAAAGUGAAAAAGAAACUUUACAAAAGUUAAGAACUGCUCCACGGUGGAAUGAAGGGAGUGGGGUGAUAGAUGGGUCAGGCACAGAGCAUACUUUUAGUUCUGAAAUUAUCAAUAAUGAAAUGGAUGAUUGGAAGGGUGGAAACAACCGAGUUUCUGUGUCAACAGUUGCAUUUUUCACUAUGGCAAUGGCUGCAGCUACUGGUUUAGGUGCUGUGCCAUUCUUUUUUGUGGAGCUUGAUGCUCAGUUGGCUGGAAUAUGUAAUGGGAUGGCUGCAGGAGUAAUGUUGGCAGCAAGCUUUGACCUUAUACAAGAAGGACAGGGCCAUGGCAGUGGAAGUUGGGUUGUGUUGGGUAUUUUGGCAGGUGGCAUUUUCAUUUGGCUUUGCAAGAAGAUUCUUGAGCAAUAUGGUGAAGUGAGCAUGUUGGAUAUAAAAGGAGCAGAAGCCGCUAAAGUCAUUCUUGUUGUUGGAAUUAUGACUCUUCAUUCUUUUGGAGAGGGCUCUGGUGUUGGAGUAUCCUUUGCCGGGUCCAAGGGUUUAUCUCAAGGGAUUUUGGUUACUGUGGCCAUUGCCGUUCACAAUAUACCAGAGGGAUUAGCUGUUAGUAUGGUUCUUGCAUCGAGAGGGGUCUCUCCACAGAAAGCUAUGUUAUGGAGUGUGAUUACAUCACUGCCACAGCCUAUUGUAGCAGUGCCAUCUUUUAUAUGUGCUGAUGCAUUCAACAAGUUCCUUCCAUUUGCCACUGGAUUUGCUGCCGGGUGUAUGAUUUGGAUGGUUAUUGCAGAGGUCCUUCCAGAUGGAUUUAAGGAAGCUUCUCCUUCUCACGUUGCAUCUGCAGCUACACUUUCUGUGGCAUUCAUGGAAGCUCUGAGUGCAGUGUUUGAACAUCUCAGCCACAACUACAAUGCGGAGGAUGCUUCUGGAUUCGUUGUUUCUCUACUUUUCGGUUUAGGUCCAUUGCUUGGUGGAAUUGCUCUUGUUGCAUUUGCUCUUACUUUCCGUUUUCAGCAUGCUCUCCUAUCUGGCGUGGCCUCUGGAAUUGCUUUUGUUCUCGGUGCUUGGAGACCUCUACAAUUACUACUGUCUUUCAAGAUGGGGAUAUUUCCUCUCCUGUUUUUGUUAGGGACGGGAUCGGCAUUUAUACAUUUAUCUAUGUCCGGUACUAUGAAGCUUGGAAGCCGUAAAAAAACUUCAGCAAAUGCAUUAUCUGCUGUCACUGGCAUUUCAGUUAGUGCACUAACUUUACAGUCAAUCUUGGCUUGUGUGGCUAUUGCCCUCCAUGCCCUCUCUGAGGGUCUUGCAUUAGGAGUAGCUGCACCUAAAGCUUACGGGCUUGGUCGGCACAUGGUCCUUCCCGUUUCUCUCCAUGGAUUUCCUCGGGGUGCUGCUGUAGCUAGCUGCAUUUACGGGGCAACUGGCAGCUGGCAUGCUUCCCUGUUAUCAGCUGCUUUCAUCGGGUUUGUAGGCCCGUCAUCUGCAAUCGGAGCAAUACUUGCUGGAAUUGACUACAGCGGCCUCGACCACGUGAUGGUCUUUACAUGCGGGGGAUUAUUCCCAUGUUUCGCUAGCAUUGUCAGACGAGCUGUUAAGUUAGAUAAACGAAAGAGUGUUUCUGGGCUCACCGUCGGCGUCGUCUUUGCUAGUGUGUGUCUGAUGUGCACAAAGUUAGUCUGUUUGCACACACCUUAUUGCAACUCUGCUCCAGAAGCUGUUAGAUGAUUACAUGCUGGAGGCUAAUAUCUUCUUUUGACAAUUCUUGAGAUCUUAUUUGUACAUUAGGGAAAAGUUUGCUGUGUACUGUUGAACAUGAUUGGACAACAUAAUCGAUAAAAUUCUAAUUUUAUUUUCUUUAUUGAAGUGCUGUAUGGCUACUUUACCGGA